UCAAAAAAUAUCUGGCCCAGCAAAAUCCGUAUUGAUCCGUGUUUUGCCUAGGAAAAAUCGCACGAAAAUGAGCCUCUUUCUACGUUCAGUGGCCAGAACUGGUGCUACGCAAUGGAUGCGUGCAUCACUGUCUACGUCAUCGAUCGUUUGCAAGGACCCAAAGGCCCAGAAAGAAGCCCCAAUACUGGAUGCGAGCGUUGUCCUUGCCGGUGAAGCGGAACGUGCCCGUGAUCAUCUGCCAACCAUCACCGUCCCUACCAAGGUCGAUAUUAGUCCGAUUACCGGUGUGCCGGAGGAGCACGUAAAGGAACGUCGCGUACGUAUCUUCAUACCGGCGAAGAACGCUAUGCAGAGUGGCACGGAUAACAUCCAACACUGGAGCAUCGAGUUCGAUAACCGUGAGCGCUGGGAGAACCCACUAAUGGGAUGGUCCUCAACUGGUGAUCCAUUGUCGAACAUGCGUGUCGAUUUCACCAACGUUGACGAAGCGAUCGCACACUGCGAAAAGAAUGGAUGGAGAUGGUUCGUGGACAAGCCCGACAUUCAGAAGAAACCGCGCGUAAAGAACUACGGUAUCAAUUUCUCGUGGAACAAGCGUACCCGUGUAUCGACCAAGUAG